AUGACUUCCAUAAACCUCGCCGUGUCCUCCCCUCUGCUGCUGCGUGAGAGCUCGCGUCUGGAGCGGACGGAUGGAUGUUUGGAGGAGAGGCAGUCCCCGAAGAUGAACUGCCCCGCCGAGAGCGCUGUUUUCUGGGGCAGUGUCUUCGGACACCGCCCCUCACCUCAGCACCCAGCACCCAACACCCAGCACCCAGCCCAGCACCCAGGCCUUACUCAGCACCAGCCCUCAUCUAGCACCCAGCACAAAACCUUCACCCAGUUCCAGCCCUCACUCAGCAACCAACUCUUACCGCAGCACCAUACCCUCACCCAGGACACACCCAAUUUCCAACCCUCACUGAGCAGCCAAACCUCACCCAGCAGCCGGCACCCAAACCUCAGCCAGCACCCAAACCUCACCCAGCAGCCAGCGGCCAACCCUCACCCAGCAGCCAACCCUCACCCAGCAGCCAACCCUCACCCAGCAGCCAACCCUCACCUACACCCAAACCUCACCCAGCACCCAAACCUCACCCAGCAGCCGGCACCCAAACCUCACCCAGCCACCAAACCUCAGCCAGCAGCCAAAACCUCACCCAGCAGCCGGCACCCAAACCUCACCCAGCACCCAAACCUCACCCAGCAGCCAGCGGCCAACCCUCACCCAGCAGCCAACCCUCACCCAGAAGCCAACCCUCACCUAGCACCCAGCACCCAACCCUCACCCAGCAGCCAACCCUCACCUAGCACCCGGCACCCAAACCUCAGCCAGCACCCAAACCUCACCCAGCACCCAAACCUCACCCAGCAGCCAGCGGCCAACCCUCACCCAGCACCCAAACCUCAACCAGCAGCCAGACCUCACACAGCACCUUACCUUCACCCAGCCCACACCCAGCGUCCAACCCUCACUCAGCAUUCAACCCAGCACCCAACACGCAGCCCUCACCUCAACACCCAGCACCCAACCCUCACCUAG